AUGUCAGAACCCCUCAGCGUCGCCGCCAUCCUCGGUGGCAUGGCAGAAGCGCUUCCCACACAUUCUCCCAACGACGAAUCAUCUGAUCUCGCAUCCUCUUAUGAAGUUAUCGCUCUGCUCAUUCACUCCUAUCUCUCCGCUCUUGGCUUCAAGAUCCAGGGCUUUGACGAGGACGAAAAGCUAGGUAAGUCUCCUCACCCCCAACCAGCAUCAUCACUCGACUCACACAAGCGACCAAUAGCUGAAUGCGACUCACUCGCCCCUCGCCUGCCAUCACAAUGGAACUCGGGCUUCAAAUCCUACAGCUUUGUGUAUUCGCACAAGCAGUCAGCCAUGACCUUUAGCAUUCGCGUGGAUCGCAUGGGCAAGAAGGUUGAGGUUCGCGGACUGGCUGUGGGAGACGAUAACAUUCGUCGUUUCGAACGAUCAAUCAGUGAAGUUGUGGACUCUAAGAAGCUCCCUAUUCGCAUCACCAUCAAGGACAACCAAGAAGACCGAAGUGACCUUGUUGAAAAGCUCCGCGCUGUGUUCACAUCUGAGAAAGCUAUUGCGGACAUUCUCCAUGAUCUCAAGAUCAACAUCGUUCAAAAACUCAUUCCUAAGCUCCAGAGCGAAGGGUAUGUCGAGACUGCCGAGGCAGAGGCCAACGCACGCUCUGAGCGCCGCGCUCAAGAAGCACAGAACCCAUACCGACCAUUCCGUGGUGACCCUGUGCCUAACCCAAACAUGCCUCCGCCUUCGGUAAACCCACUUCCCGAGAUGGCUCGUCCCCGGCCUUUCCCCAUGGGUGACUUCCCUCCUCCAGGUUUUGAGGACGAGCACGAGGUGAACCGACCACGGCCACCACGGCUACCACAAGGCGGUAGGCAUCCUUACGGCAUCGGACACGACGACCUGUAUGGACCUGGUCCAUUUGACCCUCCUCGCCCCGGUGGCCACUCGGGUAUGCAUCCCACCUUCGACGACCCAUUAUUCACAGGACAAGGAGGUGAUGGGCACGGAGAUGAUGGGUAUGGAGGCUACGACCCCCAAGCUCCGCCCGGCGCGCGAUGGGACCCCACUGGCCCUGUAGGCAAUCCUCGGUUCCCUGGUCCUGGUAGUGGACGAGGCAACAAUCCUUUCGGGGGAGGCUUCGGAGGUGGUAACAUAAUUUGA